AUGACAUACGAAGGCGCCAUUGGUAUCGACCUCGGUACGACGUACUCGUGCGUUGGUGUGUGGCAGAACGAACGUGUGGAAAUCAUUGCAAAUGACCAGGGUAACCGUACGACGCCGUCCUACGUUGCUUUCGUCAAUAAUGAGGUUCUUGUUGGCGAUGCGGCGAAGAACCACGCCGCUCGUGGCUCGAAUGGUGUUAUAUUCGACGCGAAACGGCUGAUCGGACGGAAGUUCUCCGACUCUGUCGUGCAGUCCGACAUGAAGCACUGGCCCUUCAAGGUCGAGGAGGGCGAGAAAGGUGGUGCUGUGAUGAGGGUAGAGCAUCUUGGAGAGGGGAUGUUACUGCAGCCCGAGCAAAUAUCUGCCCGUGUCCUUGCGUACCUGAAGUCUUGUGCGGAGUCGUAUCUUGGGAAGCAGGUGGCUAAGGCUGUCGUAACAGUGCCUGCAUACUUCAACGACUCGCAGCGCCAGGCAACGAAGGACGCGGGGACGAUUGCUGGUCUGGAGGUGCUGCGCAUCAUCAACGAGCCAACGGCUGCUGCAAUUGCCUAUGGCCUGGACAAGGCUGAUGAGGGGAAGGAACGCAACGUUUUGGUGUUUGACUUUGGAGGUGGAACGUUUGACGUCUCAAUUAUUUCAGUAAGCGGCGGUGUUUUCGAGGUGAAAGCCACAAAUGGUGACACCCACCUUGGUGGAGAGGAUGUGGACGCCGCACUGCUGGAGCACGCACUUGCUGAUAUAAGGAACCGUUAUGGAAUAGAACAGGGCUCUCUGUCCCAAAAGAUGCUAUCCAAGCUGCGUUCACGGUGUGAGGAAGUGAAGCGAGUACUGUCACACUCGACAGUGGGGGAAAUUGCACUCGACGGGCUGCUUCCCGACGGCGAGGAAUACGUGCUCAAGCUAACGCGAGCGAGGUUGGAAGAGCUAUGCACGAAAAUUUUUGCUCGCUGUUUGAGUGUGGUACAGAGGGCGUUGAAGGACGCUUCAAUGAAGGUUGAGGAUAUUGAGGAUGUUGUGCUUGUCGGGGGAAGUUCUCGGAUUCCUGCUGUGCAGGCUCAGUUAAGGGAGCUAUUCAGAGGUAAGCAACUCUGCAGCAGUGUGCACCCUGACGAGGCAGUGGCGUAUGGGGCUGCAGUGCAGGCGCACGUACUUUCCGGUGGAUAUGGGGAGAGCUCUAGGACAGCAGGUAUAGUGCUUCUGGAUGUUGUGCCCCUUUCAAUCGGCGUUGAAGUGGACGACGGUAAGUUUGAUGUGAUAAUUCGUCGGAACACAACCAUUCCAUACCUUGCGACCAAGGAGUACAGCACUGUGGAUGACAAUCAGAGUGAAGUGGAGAUACAGGUUUUCGAAGGUGAGCGCCCCCUCACGCGUCACAACCACAGGCUAGGCUCCUUUGUUCUUGACGGUAUUACCCCGGCAAAGCACGGUGAACCGACUAUCACCGUUACUUUUAGUGUUGACGCCGACGGGAUCCUGACCGUUACAGCCGCAGAAGAACUCGGGAGCGUAACAAAAACACUUGUUGUGGAGAACUCGGAGCGACUUACCAGUGAGGAAGUACAGAAGAUGAUUGAAGUUGCACAAAAGUUUGCCUUAACGGACGCCACCGCUCUGGCGAGGAUGGAGGCCACCGAGAGGCUCACGCAGUGGUUUGACCGACUCGAAGCUGUAAUGGAGACCGUCCCGCAACCAUACUCAGAGAAGCUUCAAAAGCGUAUUGCCUUUCUUCCGCACGGGAAAGAGUGGGUCGGCACACAGCUUCAUACGUACACUGACGCGGCGUCGAUAGAGGCGAAAGUAGCGAAGAUUGAACGGCUUGCAAAGAGGGCCCUGAAAUCGGCGCGUCGUGAAGGAAAGGAUGGAUGGGCACCGGGCAAUGAGGACAAUGGAAGCGGUGAUGACAACGACGGUGACGAUAACAGUGAUGAGGACGACGAGCUCCAAAGGGGGAGGGGCGUGACAGAGGGAUCGGGGAGGCCCCCGAUAAGGAAACGCGACCGCAUAGAGGCUAUCAACGCAAACACAGAGUAA